AUGUCCAAGGACCCCAAGACUCAGUUGAAUCACUUCUGCCAGAGGUACUGCCAGCGACCUGUAACGAAGAGUGAUAUAUCCUACACCACCAACAAGUUUGGAAAUCAGUACCAAGCGAUCGUUAAGCUCGAUUGCAUUCAGGGCCAGGAGUAUGCUGGACAUCUCUGCAUCAAUCAAAAAGAUGCAGAAAAGUCUGCUGCGGAGCAGGCUGUCAUGGCUUUCUCGUCACAGAUGGCUGUGUUGAAGCCGCCCGUGCAGAGGGACAAGAAGAGGAAGCCCCGAACACCGGAAGAGAUUGCUGAGCGCAAGGCCAAGCAAGAAGCUGAGGGCAAUCCAGCAAUCACUCCAAAAACGCUGUUGAACGCCUUGGUCAUGAAAAUCGCGAAGCGCUAUCUCCAGAAGGGCGAGACGGUUUACGAGACGAAGACCUACAAUGGCGGUGGGCAUCAGGCCACAGUCAAGCUUUCUGCGCUGCCGGGGGAGUGGAGCGAGCGAAUGUGGGCCGGACAUGUCUGCACUACGAAGCAGAAGGCAGAGCAAAGUGCUGCAGAGAUUGCGCUGGAAUCGAUCAAGCAGGACAAGGAACUCAUGGAAGAAGCUGACAAGCCGAAAGGCUUCGGCAAAGGCGGCAAGGGCAAGGGCAAAGGCUUUAUGUGGGAUCCCUGGCAGUGGGGAUGGAUGUGGGGCAUGCCCUCGAGCGAACUUCCGCGCAAAGAUGUUCUCACGGAGUCCAUCACUGGUGAAGUCAUUGAAUGGAAGGAGUCGCACGGCUGGAUUAAGGCAGACGUCGAACUCGACCACAAGGCGGCAUCUCGUCGCGAGGGCAAAAUAUUUGUGGGGAAGUCCGACGCUCCGGAGGAUGGACUGGUAGCUGGUGCAAAGGUGAGCUUCACGGUGUAUGAGGUUGACGUGGCCCCAAGCCAGAUAGUUGACGUAAUUAUCGUUCAGGUUCUGAAUAUCCACGUGCUUCGUUCUGGUAAGUCCAGAGAUGGCUGCCGGAGUUUCCUCUCAUUGUACUAUGCCAGCCAUGGCGACACAUGUCACCAAGGCCAUGCCUCUCCGAUGGCCAUUUUGCCCAGCGUUCAUAGGCUGGGUGCUUCGGUGCUUCCUAAGGGAAGACUUCACCGAAGAUCGCCUCAGCUGUGCGACGGGAGCGCUGAUGCCGAGAAGGACGGAGGAGACAAGAAAGAAGCCAAGAAGUUGAAGAAAAUCAAAAAGAAAGCAAAGAAGGAGGCCAAAAAAGCCAAGAAAGCUGCAAAGAAGCUGAAGAAAAUGCAGAAGCUCGUUCAAAAGAAGAAGGACGGCAAAAGCAGCAAAGGAAUCAAGAGCGAUUCAAGCAGUGAUUCCUCAAGCUCAAGCAGCCUUCCAUUCGUGAUGGACAUGGACUUCUCGUCGUCUGGCAAGGAGCUUGAUCCCCGAAAUCCAGAUUCCAGGAUCCAGCGAGCCCUAGGCCUGACUUGCGGGGCCUUCUCUUUCAUCGAACGGAAAGAUGAUGAGGAGGUGUACAAAGAUGGACGCAAGGCGAAAUACAAGGAGGGCGAAGAUCAGAGCAAAGACUGGAUUUGCUUACGGUCGAAAGCAAACGGGGAGCCGUGUGGGGAAAGAAAUUUCCCACGCAACGAGAAGUGCUUCCGAUGUGGAGGUUUGAGGCAGAACACUGCCCCUCUUGUGAGAGACUACAAUCC